AGAGGCUUCAGCUUUUAAAAAUACGGAAGCCAUUCUACGUUGAGAGCUGGUCUGAAAAUGGAGUUCGGAUCUGUAUGCCUGGUUGUUGCUGCCACACUGAGCAUUCAGCCUGACAGAAGUCAGUUCUUCCGUUAUGAAGCCUUCACUCUGAGCUGUUCAGUGUCAGGAAACUUCAGCGGCUGGAGGGUGGUGAGAAAUGCCUCCAAACCUUUUACUCCAUGUGAAGACUGGGGCCGUCCGAACGGUUCCUCCUGCAUUAACCACAGUGUCUACAAGUCAGACACUGGACUUUACUGGUGCCAGUCUGAGCAAGGAGAGUGCAGCAACGUCCUCAACAUCACAAUAAACACCGGUGUUGUGAUCUUGGAGAGUCCAGCACUUCCUGUGACGGUGGGAGAUGAUGUCACACUUCGCUGCUCCUUCAAAGAAAGAUAUGAUCCGACAUCUUCAUCACAUUUCUCUGCUACCUUCUACCUAAAUAAUACAUUUAUUGGAACGGAACCUGAAGGAAAGAUGAUCCUACACAAUGUGUCGAUGUCCAGCAAAGGCUUCUACAAGUGCAAACAUCCCAGCAGAGGAGAGUCACUGGACAGCUGGCUGGAAGUCCAGGCUAAACCUCCCAAAAGCACCGAUCCGCCUCUUAUUCCUUCUACUUCUCUGAUGAUAUUGAUCACCAUCGUGCUGUUCAUCAUCUACACCAUCAUCUUCAUUAUGUGCAUAAUCAUAUACAGAAGCUGGGCUCGAGGCCGAGCUGAAACCAAACGGAGAAGUUCAGAACUCUGCCCAGAUUACUGACUGCUCCUGAACGCAUCGUCUGCUUCAGAGCUGAUCAAGCUUAUGUUGUUUUUCCUCUAUUUAUUAUAACCAAGCCCAAAAUUAUUCAUACCACUGGAAAAUCAUUGUAAUUCAACGAAGACGUUUGUUUCUCAUUGAAACUCCAUACCAAAUAUUCAGUGUAUUUUUGACCAAACAGUGAUAAUUAGUUCACAGUCUUCUCUAUAAUCCAAGGAAAAGACUUCAUUGGUGUUUUCAGCAUUUAAACUCACAGGUUACUCUGAGAUUUUUAAAUGAAUUACUGUUCAUGCUGAGCUCCACGUCUGUUUUAGUUCAUUUAUCUUACUAGUCCUGAAGUUUCUGUUUUAUUUUGUUUGUCUUGUUCCUCACUUUGUUUUAUUCACUUCCUAUUUUUGAUGUUGUACCAGUUAUUGAGUUUCACUGUGUGUUUUGUGGUCAUGUGUUAGUUUCCUCUGUUUGUAUUUAGGUCCUACAUAAAAAAAAAAUGUUUUUAAUAGAGCUUUUAGAAUUAAAACUAAUUUUAUUCUGCAACAGUCCUAUAGCUUCUUGGCAGAUGGCAGACAUUGUUAGUUACAUGGCAAAAUAGAUCUAUGUUAAUACAUGAAGAUGAGUCAAUUUUCUUUUAGUUUGUGCGUUUUCUUUUUUGGCACAUACUGUAAAUAAUCAACCAUUCAUGUUUGUUUUUCUAGAAUUGGCCAACCCUAAAAACCUAUACAACCUAUGCAAUUCAUUAUAUAAUGAAUUGUUCUUGUUUUUUAAAAAGCUUUAUAAAUUAAAAUCUAUG